AGCCAUCUCGGAAACACCCUUUAAUUUGCGGUUCUUCUGUAAAACAGCAUUUGACAGAUUGAUACAUAGAAAAAAUCGACAUAACACAGCCUAUUAAUAAGACAUGAAGAUUCAUACAUGCUUAUAACAAGUAGGCCUAAUAGACCUACUAGGACUAGCCUACCUGUUAGCCUGGCAUACCUCUUGGCCUAGCCUACCUGCUUGUUAGCCUACCUCUUGGCCUAGCCUACCUGCUUGUUAGCCUACCUGCUUGUUAGCCUACCUUUUGGCCUAACCUACCUGUUGGCCUAACCUACCUGCAUGUUGGCCAAGUCUACCUGCUUGUUAGCCUAGCCUGCCUGUUAGCCUAGCCUACCUGCUUGUUAGCCUACUAGCUUGUUAGCCUAGCCUGCCUGUUAGCCUUGUCUACCUGCUUGUUAGCCUACCUGUUGGCCUAGUCUACCUGCUUGUUAGCCUAGCCAACAGCCUACCUGUUGGCCUAACAUACCUGCUUGUUAGCCUAGCCAACAGCCUACCUGUUGGCCUAACAUACCUGCUUGUUAGCCUAGCCAACAGCCUACCUGUUGGCCUAACAUACCUGCUUGUUAGCCUAGCCAACAGCCUACCUGUUGGCCUAACAUACCUGCUUGUUAGCCUAGCCAACAGCCUACCUGUUGGCCUAACCUACCUGCUUGUUAGCCUAGCCAACAGCCUACCUGUUACCCUAACCUACCUGCACGUUGGCCAAGUCUACCUGCUUGUUAGCCUACCUGUUGACCCUAACCUACCUGCACGUUGGCCAAGUCUACCUGCUUGUUAGCCUACCUGUUGACCCUAACCUACCUGCACGUUGGCCAAGUCUACCUGCUUGUUAGCCUAGCCUACCUGUUGGCUCAGACAGUGGCCGGAUGGAGAAUAUCCACACAUGGUCUUUAGUUUAAACCAUUAACGUUAGUUUAUUGCAUUUUAGAGGUCUCAUCAGAUUCCAUGAUUAUUGCCUAUAAUGGCCUUAUAAUAUUGACUAUCACUCAGGCAAUAUGGAUUCUCUCUCUAAACAGUGUCACAAAGAAUUUGCAGUUGACAAUUGCAUCAAUUCAUUUAGGCUCAUAUGUCCCCUUUUGCUUGUUGACAUAGUUUCCAUCUCUUACUAAGAAGUUGAGAGUUCCUGAUCUGUGAAUGCUUGUCUUUACUCGGUGUAUUUACUCAGUCAAACCUAUGACCGAGCAGCUGAAGGAAAAUCAACAGAAUUGUCUGUCACGUUCAUGUGCUAGUCGAAAAUAGAAAACUAGGAAAUGUCCGACUUGUUAAUAGGUUGAACGCGGCACGUGUAUAUGUACAACAGGUUAGCAGGUUGGACAUUUCCGAGUUUCGUAGUUCCGACGAGGACGUGAACACGGCACGUAUCCACACCCCUGUUACUUGAUCUAAUUUUCUGCUUGGAGGAAGUGGCCCCUUUCGCUCUUUACCGCGGGGAUACAAAAUAACUAACUAACUAUUCUGUUGUGGGGAAAUUUAGGCAACUGUCGUCCCAGAAGAUUGAGAAAUCGUUUCUGCGGAAUAGCACGUUGUAACAACAUAGUUGUAAGAAGAUACGCCAGAGUGGCUCGUUUUGAGACGGAGUAGCCUAGCCUCGUCUGCUUUGUUUACACGGGGAUUGUUUUGAUGCGGGGUGUUUUCACGGGGACGUUUUUGCGUGGAAAACGACUAUAAAUCCUGCAACGAUGGCAAUGCAGGCCCAGGUGAUAUAUGACUUCAGUGCUGAACCAGGAAAUAACGAGUUGACAGUCAGAGAAGGAGAGACCGUCACCGUCCUCAACCAGAAUGUUGGUGGAGGAUGGAUAGAGGCUCAGAACUCCAGAGGACAAAGUGGGCUGGUGCCGGAAGACUACUUACAGGUUGGUGCGGUGUCGUCCAGAACACCAGAGACAGCUACCUAUCCGGAUGCCUACAGCACAGAGACCAGCAACAGCACAAACACUCAGGUUGCUAACGGUGACAACCCUUGGUCUGGGGGAGGAGCUGACACCAACGACACAGCCGGGGGAUGGGACACCCAGGGAUACGCACAGACUCGACAGAAUGCAGGUGAUGAUGACGAUGAUGGUGAGUGGGAUGAAGAGUGGGAUGAUGCCAGAUCAACUGGGGGUUAUGGAGAAACUACAGGGGAGGAAGGAGAGGCGACAGGCCGCAACACACACACACACAUGAAGAUAUCCCUCAACAAGUUUGCGUUCUCUAAGAUCCCCAACCCAGAGGUGUACCUGCUGGCUAAACUACCACCCAAAGGCAAAGACAGACUGGCCAUCUAUAUGGGAGAUGUGGGGCCAGUGUGGUUGUAUCCCCAGUCUCCUCUUGACUGUGUCGUGGCUGAUCCUAAAAAAGGCUCUAAGAUGUACGGGCUGAAGAGUUACAUAGAGUACCAGGUCACACCCAAUACGACCAACAGACCUGUUAAUCACAGGUAUAAGCAUUUUGAUUGGCUGUAUGAGCGCCUGUUGGAGAAGUUUGGUUCCGCCAUCCCCAUCCCCUCGCUGCCUGACAAACAAGUCACAGGUCGUUUUGAGGAGGAGUUUAUCAAGAUGAGGAUGGAGAGACUUCAGGGCUGGAUGUGUCGUAUGUGUCGACAUCCUGUCGUCUCCAACAGUGACGUCUUUCAACUCUUCCUCACGUACAGAGACGAGAAGGAGUGGAAGACCGGGAAGAGGAGAGCAGAGAAGGAUGAGUGUGUUGGACCAAUGGUCUUCUCCACCAUCGACCCUGAAGCUCCUGAGUUAGACAUCAUAGAAGUGGAGCAGAAGUGUGAGUUGUUCAGUAGGUUCACUAAGGAGAUGGAUGAUGGAGUUAAAGACCUGCUGAACGUUGGGAACAUACACUGGAAACGCUGCACAGGCCCUCUGCGUAAGGAGUACCAGAAGAUUGGAAAAGCCUUUCAGAACCUGUCAUCGGUCUUCAACACCAGUGGCUAUACAGGAGAGGCCACACUCACAGAUGCUCUCACAGCUGCAGGGAAAACAUACGAGGAGAUCUCACAGAUCGUAGCUGAGCAGCCGAGAAAAGACCUUCAUUUCCUGAUGGAAACCAACAACGAAUACAAAGGGCUGCUAGGCUGCUUGCCUGAUACUAUCGGAGUACACAAGGCGGCUAUAGAGAAGGUGAGGGAAGGGGAUAAGAUGGUGGCAGCAGGGAAGAUCACCACACAGGAUAAAGUGACCAUGGCCAAACGCACCAGCAUCAUGUGCUACUCACUACAAGCUGAGAUGAACCACUUCCAUAGCAACCGUAUCUAUGACUACAACAGAGUCAUGCAGCUCUACCUGGAAGAACAGAUCAGGUUCUAUGAAACGAUUGCUGAGAAGCUGAAGCAAACCCUGGGCCAGUUUACCAACCUUUAAAAGGAAACACACCUUGUUCUUCUCCCUUCUGCUUCGUGGACCAACAACUUUAAACAGGAUGGACUGGGGUUCUGGAUGAUGUAGUUGGAAGACAGUGUCACCCUGUGCCUUUAACUGGACUGGUGUCUGGAUGAUGUAGUUGGAAGACAGUGUCACCCUGUGCCUUUAACUGGACUGGUGUCUGGAUGAUGUAGUUGGAAGACAGUGUCACCCUGUGCCUUUAACUGGACUGGUGUCUGGAUGAUGUAGUUGGAAGACAGUGUCACCCUGUGCCUUUUAAUUAACUACACGAGGAGUUAAACAUAAUGAUGUUAUAUUUUAAUAUUACAGUGCAGAACAAUAUGUUAAAUGUUGUUUCAUAACCCUCUAAUUAUGCAAUAUCUCUUUUAUUUAUAAUAUAGAUAUAUGAAAUGUUUAUAUUUAAUGUUUACUUUGGUUGGAUGUUUUCGCUUUGUUUUAUUAUUCUUAUUCUGGAUAAUGUGAUUUAGAGAGGGGAGAAAGAGAGAGAGAGAGAGAGAGAGAGAGAAUAGAGGAGACAAAGAGAGAGAGAAUAGAGGAGACAAAGAGAGAGAGAGAGAGAGAAUGGGGGAGACAAAGCGAGAGAGAAAGGAAGAGAGGAGACAAAGAGAGAGAGAGGGGAAGAGAGGAGACAGUGAGAGAGAGAGGAAGAGAGAUGAAGAGAGGGGAGACGGAGAAAGACCGAGACAGAAAGAUCAUGUGAUGUCACAUACUCUGCCACCCCAUUCUCCUCCCCCUCAAGCAAGCACACUGCUGGCAGUGUUUUCCCUUCCUCCCUUCACACAUACUCACGAAGCAAUUUGACCACUCUGUAUGCCCUCAUGUAUAGAACAACUCACACACUCCCCAUGCAACACGAAAGAUUGCUCAUCCAUCUAUCUGAAUUCUCUCUCUCAAUUCAAUUCAAGAUGCUUUGUUGUCAUGGGAAGCAUACCUUAAUUUUAUCAAAGCAAGUAAAGUAGAUAAUAAACAAAAGUGAAAUAAACAAUAAAUGAACAGUAAACAUUACACUCACAAAAGUUCCACAGAGGUUCCAUUUCAAAUGUCAUAUUAUGUCUAUAUACAGUGUUUUAACAAUGUGCAAAUAGUUAAAGUACACAAGGGAAAAUAAAUAAACCUGAAUAUGGGUUGUAUUUACAAUGGUGUUUGUUCUUUACAAGUGCAGGUCAGUCUCCACCUCAUUUUGUGGGCAGUGUGCACAUAGCCUGUCUUCUCUUGAGAGCCAGGUCUGCCUAGGGUGGCCUCUCAAUAGCAAGGCUAUGCUCACUGAGUCUGUACAUAGUCAAAGCUUUCCUUAAGUUUGGGUAAGUCACAGUGGUCAGGUAUUCUGCCACUGUGUACUCUCUGUUUAGGGCUAAUAGCAUUUUAGUUUGCUCAUUUUUUUGUUAAUUCUUUCCAAUGUGUCAAGUAAUUAUCUUUUUGUUUUCUCAUGAUUUGGUUGGGUCUAAUUGUGUUGCUGUCCUGGGACUCUGUGGGGUGUGUUUGUGAACAGAGCCCCAGGACCAGCUUGCUUAGGGGACUCUUCUUCAGGUUCAUCUCUCUGUAGGUGAUGGCUUUGUUAUGGAAGGUUUGGGAAUUGCUUCCUUUGUAGAAUUUAACUGCUCUUUUCUGGAUUUUGAUAAUUAGCGGGUAUCGGCCUAAUUCUACUCUGCGUGCGUUAUUUGGUGUUUUACGUUGUACAAAUGCAUGCAGAGUCUCAUUUGGAUGUUUGUCCCAUUUUGUGAAUUCUUGGUUGGUGAGCGGACUCAGACUUCACAACCAUAAAGGGCAAUGGGUUCUAUAACUGAUUCAAGUAUUUUUGGCCAGAUCCUAAUUGGAAUGUCAAAUUUUAUGUUCCUUUUGAUGGCAUAGAAGGCCCUUCUUGCCUUGUCUCUCAGAUCGUUCACAGAUUUGUGGAAGUUACCUGAGGCGCUGACGUUUAGGCCGAGGUAUGUAUAGUUUUCUGUGUGCUCUAGGGUGUCUAGAUGGAAUUUGUAUUUGUGGUCCUGGCAGCUGGACCUUUUUUGAUCAUUUAUUUUUGUCUUACUGAGAAUGACUGUCAGGGCCCAGAUCUGACAGAAUCUGUGCAGUAGAUCUAGGUGCUGCUGUAGGCCCUCCUUGAUUGGUGACAGAAGCACCAGAUCAUCAGCAAACAGUAGACAUUUGACUUCAGAUUCUAGUAGGGUGAGACCGGGUGCUGCAGACUGUUCUAGUGACUUCGCCAAUUCGUUAAUAUAUAUGUUGAAGAGGGUAUUAAGUAUAUUAAGUUCUGCUUUUCUGAUGUAUCAAAUACUUAUGUCAUGCAAUAAAAUGCAAAUGAAUUACUUAAAAAUCAUACAAUGUGAUUUUCUGGAUUUUUGUUUUAGAUUCCGUCUCUAACAGUUGAAGUGUACCUAUGAUACCUCAGAUGUCUCUCUCUGUGCUUGGAGAGUGAGGCUGUGCUUUUGAAUUAGGACCAAAUAUGAAAUAAACAUUGAUGAAGGGAACACGUUAUCUAUAUUUGUGACUCGUUUCAGGACACUUGGUUCAUGUCACACGUCACUACUUCACAGGAGAGGCAUUUGAGCAUAAACAUACAUUUUUUGAUAGAAAUGCCUUCUGAAACAUGUCACCGUUAAUGUGCCUUAAUUAAAAACUUGUAUGCCAUCUGUAAAUACAAAAUAAAAUGUUUUAAAUUA